CCUCGAGGUUGCUGAAGAAUUUUCUGCUCCUACUUUGAUGCCUGCCUAGCUGUCCAGAGAGAGCAGCUGCUCUCAGCUUCAGCCCUUGUGCAGAUCCUACAAACAGAUUGAGAAGUAUGGCAGUGACAACUUGUUUGACAUGGAUGCAAGAGAAGAUUCUGCAAAAUCAUUUUGGAGGAAAGUUUAACCUUCUCUAUAAAGCUAGUGUCCAUAAAUUUUCCCUUGAACAUUUGCUCCAGGUAUGCAGUAAUCAAGGACCUACUGUGACAGUGAUUUAUAGUAAAGAUCAUGUUACUGGGGCAUUUAUGCAGGAGGGUUACCAGGAAGGAAAGACAAGUUUCAUUACCCUUUUUGCCUUACAAGAGACUAAAAUUCUGGAAUGUAAAAUGAAACUCUGUGUACCAUCUAUGUUGUUUGUUACAUGGACUGGACGGCACCGGCAAAUGAAGUAUGAAUUUGGCAUUGAUCUAACGGGAAGAAAGUUGCAUAUAAGUGCAAAUACAAGUAAAGAACUUGGAUUACUUCAAUGUGAAAGUAUCUCCUUUGAGGAAUGUGAAGUUUUUCGAUGUGAAGAUAUAUUGAACAAAAGGAAGAUGGAAGAGGUCACUGAGCUCAGGGAGAGUUUAUGGUCUUCCAUGAGAACUUAUAAGCCGUAUGGAGACCUGGUUCACCAAAUACGAAUUCUUUUGUUGGGUCCGAUUGGAGCUGGGAAGUCUAGCUUUGUCAACUCAGUGAAGUCUGUUUUCCAAGGCCGUGUAGUGCACCAGGCUUUGGUGGGCUCUGAUACAACCGGGAUAUCUCAGAAGUACAGGACGUAUUCCAUUAAGGAUGAGAAGGAUGGCAACUCCUUGCCGUUUAUUCUCUGUGAUUCCCUGGGGCUGGGUGAGGAAGAAGAAGGGCUUUGCAUGGAUGACAUACCCCAGAUCUUAAAAGGCCAUGUUUCUGACAGAUACCAGUUUAACCCCAUGAAACCAAUCACACCAGGUCAUGAUAACUAUGUUGACUCCCCAUUGCUGAAAGACAGAAUUCAUUGUGCAGCAUUUGUGUUCAAUGUCAACUGUAUUGAAUACCUCUCUGAUGAGAUGGUGGCAAAGAUCAGAAGAGUUCGAAGGAAGCUGAUAGAGUGUGGUUUGGUACAUUUGGUUUUGCUCACUCAUGUGGAUAGCAUGGAUCUGAUUACAAAAGAUGACCUUAUAGACAUAUACAGAUGUCCGCCUGUGAAGUCCCAGCUGGAGGCCGUUCACAAAGCACUUGGAUUUCCUCUUUCUGACAUUUUGCUGGUUAGUAAUUAUACUUCUGAGUGGGAGCUGGACCCUCUAAAGGACAAUCUGAUCCUCUUUGCACUGAGACAUAUGCUGGGGGCAGCAGAUGACUUCCUGGAGGAUUUGCCUCUUGAAGAAACAAGGGAGAUGCUUUUGGGGGUGUAGAAACUUGAAGGCAUCAGCUACGUGGCUACUUCCCACUUGAAUCUAUUGGGGUCCACGAUGGUGGCGUAGAAGACCCUGAAUUCACCUCCUCUCAUGGAUACACUGAGUCUACACCUACAUAGAGAGGAAUUCCUCCUGAAGAAGAACUGAGGGCUGAAUGAACAGCUUCUGCACAACAGGUGAUAGAAGGGCCACACAGAGACUGAUAGGAAAGAUGGAGACAUGGUAUCAGUGAGAAUCCCACCCUCAAUGUGAAGACCUGCAGUAGGGAAGAAUAUCACUAAGGGGACUAUGUGCAGUCUUGUCCACAUUGGAACACAGCAAAAAAAUAGUGCUUUAAAGGGCACCUAGACUAUACAUGAAGGAAAUCCAUUUACUGACCUUAGGGCAUUUGCCAAAUGAGUAGAGAACUGCUGCAACUCUCUCCAGGGUUGGAAGCACUGGCAAGUGCUGAUUUUUGUGUUCCUCCUUCACCUUGAUAGUGUGGACAGGAGCAUGGUCCAGGUGCUCCAGCUGGCCUGUCAAAGCCAUCCACUGUACUCUGGGCCUCCAGCCCACACCAGCUCCAGCCAUCCUCUCAAGGUGGCCCUGGUGCAGCAUUUCCUGGGAGCUCCCAGCCUGCCCCAGCUCCAGCUCCAGCCACCCCAUUUGGGUGGCUGUGGCAUGGCACACUCCAGGCCUCCCCAUCUAUGCCCACUCCAACGCCAGCUGGCUUGUCAAGCCACCCAGUUCAUGCAGUCUACACGUGGGAUACUCCUAAACAAGGCAACUCCUUCAAGAUUGGGAGAGGUAGCUAUGUCGUCUAAUUCAUAGAAAGUCAAACAAAAUGAAGAGACAGAGGAAUAUGUUCCAAAUGAAAGAACAAGAUAAAACUCCAGAAAAAAACCCAAUGAAACAGAGAUAAGUAAUUUGUCUGAUAAAGAGUUCAAAGUCAUGGUCAUAAAGAUGUUCACUUAACUAAGGAGAAGGUAGAUGAACACAGUUAGAACUUCAAGAAAGAGUUAGAGAAUAUAAGAAAGAAUCAGGGACUGGCCUGGUGGUGUAGCAGUUAAGUUUGCAAGCUCUGCUUCAGCAGCCUGGGUUUGUAGGUUUGGAUCCCAGGCACAGAUCUAGCACUGCUUGUCAAGCU